CACGAAUAAAAAUCUAAGAAAAUGGCGCCCAACGGAAUAUUACAAAGUAAAACAAGAAUGCAAACACAAAAACGCACACACUUCAAUCCUUUGGGGGAACCAGCGAUGUCAACUCUCAAAGCCCCCAUGGUUCGAAUUGAAAAUCAUAAAAGUGAAGUUUUAUCUUGUGAAUUCCACCCAUCGGGAAAAUAUAUUCUAUCAUCGAAUCGUGAAGGCCUAAUACACAUUUGUGAUAUUUAUGGAACAUUUACGAAGAUGAUGGUAAUGGAAGGACACACAGGUCCGGUGAUGGAAACACAUUUCUCCAGAGAUGGUUUUGAUGUUUACUCGUGCUCUGCCGAUGGGACUCUAGGCGUUUGGGAUACUUUUGGAGGAACACGCAAAGCCACCUUCGAGGGUCACACUAAAGAAGUCAACUGCAUGCAGGGAACAAAAAUCGGUUAUCCUUUACUCUGUUCAGGAUCGAAUGAUGGUACAAUUCGAAUUUGGGACACACGUGAGCAAAAGUGUACAUUGACACUUGAAAGCGAAGGAAACAAGAAGGUUACGGCAUGUUCCUUUAGUGAAACUGGAGAGUACAUUUUUUCGGGAGGAUGCGAUGCUGGUGUAAAAAUCUGGGAUCUUCGAAAGAAAGAGAUUCUCCAUGUUUUGAUGGGUCACACGGGUAAAAUUACUGGAGUUUCUUUGUCACCAUGUGGUGGCUAUUUGCUUUCACAUUCAACAGAUAAUACUCUGCGGGUUUGGGAUGUUGGUCCCUAUACGCCUCUAGACAGAGCUGUUCGUUGGUUUCCAUCAAAUCAAGUUGGAGCUGAAAAUCUAUUGCGAUGUAAUUGGUCUCACGACGGAUCUAUGAUAUCAGCUGGCACAUCAGAGCUAGAUGUCUUUGUUUGGGAUUCAGAUAGUGGUGAAGUUAUUUACGAUCUACCUGGACACAAUAGCAGUAUUAACGAUGUGGCCUUCCAUCCAAGGGAAUCAAUUUUAUUAUCAGCUUCAAAUGAUACAUUUUUGUUUUUGCAUGAAAUAAAACCUUUUAAUUAAGCAUUUA